AUGGGUGAUACCACCAAAGAAGAUGGCUCUGGCUCUGGCCGAAAAGCUGUGCGUAAGGAAAAAAGAUCGUAUAUCUUUAGGAAAUGGACAUGGAUAGGUGUAAUGAAAGCCUUCACUGUUGGGACAGUGCAUUUGUUGUGUGUCUUGGCUCCUUUUAACUUCAAAAGGGAGGCUCUCCUAUUCGGUGUUAUUCUUGCUAUGAUGUCUGCCCUCAGCAUUACGUUCUCGUACCAUAGAAACUUGGCUCAUCGGAGCUUUAAGCUACCUAAUAUGGCUUGA